AUGCAUUCCAAGACUGUUUUACUAACGGAACAUCAUAACACUACAGAAUCUAGAGAGGAAAGUUUCGGCAAUAUUGUUUAUCUAGAAGGUAAAUUUGUUGUAGAUCUUGAUAAAAAUAUUGAUAUCGCUAAAGUAACACCAAGUUGUCGUGUUGCAUUAAAAAAUGAUAGUUAUACAUUACAUAAAAUUUUACCAAAUAACGCUGAUCCAUUAAUUAAUUUAAUGGUGGUAGAAAAAGUUCCUGAUUCUACCUAUGAAAUGGUGAGUGGUCUUGAUAAACAAAUAAAAGAAGUUAUUGAAUUACCAAUUAAACAUCCAGAACUAUUUGAUGCUUUAGAACUUAGUCAACCGGAAUUAAUUGAAAAUAUCCAAGAAUAA